AAGAGCUAAACAUGAAUAAGACACAUUUCCUGAUGGUUCUGGGGCUAGCGCUGGUUUUUGAAGGUAGUCAGUGCCAGGAACGUGAAGUGUUUGUAGCUCAGGGUUCUGUCGCAGUGCUGCCAUGUGUAGACGAGACUUCUGCGAUCUCACAUCCUACUGCAGUCUACUGGAGCAGGAUAGUUGGAAAUGUACUGAAGACGGUUUGGCGACGAGAUAAGAGUGGGUUAGAGUUUCGUCCGGUUAGAGACUCACCACGGGCUAACUGCCCCAUCUCGAACUUCGGAAAGUCUGAUUACAGCCUUCACAUCACUGAAACAACAAUCGAAGAUGGAGGAAAGUAUGUCUGUGAAGUUGAAGGAAAGACUCAGAUGGUGAAGGUCAUCAGUCUCAGAGUUGUAAGAGCGUCAUUUUCUCCUGCCAUAGUGGUUGAAGGCUUAAUAACGGAGGCAAAGUGCGAUAUCAAUCCUGGGACACAGUUUGUAAGCAUUAACUGGAAACAAAAUGGCAUAUUCACAAGUAGAACCCGCCUCUCCGACGUGUCUCAAAGAGAUGCAGGACACUGGACCUGUCGGGUUGCAUACAAAGGUGGGGUAGUAGAGGCAACCACAUCCCUACAGGUCAAAGGAAUCGUCACCCCUCAGGAUGACUCUUCAGUGGUGUACGCUGCUGUGGGUUCUUCCGUCUCCUUGCCCUGUGUCUUUACUGAUGGUCUGAUCUCGUACACUGUGAUGUGGAGGAGAACCUCCGCAACAUCAUACUCUAGUCUUCCUCUCCCUGCAUCUUUCAGUGAGUCUGCUGGGCCCUCAGCAUCAGCUACUAUACAGAAAGUGGAGGAUGGAGAUGAAGGGAUGUAUACAUGCUCAGGAAUGAUGAAGGGAUUGAAUAGAGGGAGAAUUAAAGUACAAAGAAGGAUGGAGCUAGUUGUGACUCGAGUUUCGAGAUCCUCGUCAUCCAGCGGGAAUGGACCCGUGACCCUGACCUGCCAUCUCAGCAACUCCAGCCAGAUCACUUCUUAUGAAUGGCUCCGUGUGACUUACGGACCAAACGACACUCAAACGGUGACCUCUGUUCAAAAGACAAAGAGCUACAGGAUUCAAGAAGUGACUGAGAAAGAUGCUGGUGAAUGGGUGUGUCGCUUCUAUGGGAAGCAAGGCGUUCUGGGGAACGUGACUUAUCAAAUUCAUGUGAUGGGUGCUGUAAAGAGCGGAAAUUCAAGUUCUGGCAACAAAACUGCUAUGGCGAUGGGAUUAGGGUUUUUGUUCUUGGUGAUAUUCCUGAUUUUGUUCCAGAUGUACAGAAACUAUCGCCGGAAGAAAACGAUCCUUCUUUACCCUGCAAUGGAAACCAUCGUCCAUCAGGCUGCCACUGAACGAGAGCAGAGAGGGAGGAGCGGGGCAAAAAUGGCUGAAGCUUGUGUUGGUGAUCCAAAGCCAGUGUGUGUGUAAACGUGUGUGUGUGUGUUUAUGCCAGAUGCCUAUGUGGAUGUGUGCUUUAAAUGCAGACAAUUGUAGCAGUCCAUUUAUUCUGUAAAUAUAUAAAUAUAUACUGUAUAUAUAUAAAUGUAUACAUUUUGUAAAAACUAA